CAGCGUCUCUGUGGAUGGAAGUGUCUGCAAUGGGACCAGAGCGAGUGUUUCCGACCUCUGAGGAGGAGGGGGGGGAGGAGGAGCGUCCUGUGGGGGGGGCGGUGUGGAGCGGGGGGGAGGAGGAGGAGGAGGAGGAGGAGGGGGGAGGGGGGUACUACUACCAGCCUCUGAACCAGGAGCCCAGCGAGGCCCCGGAGGAUGAGGAGGAGGAGCGAGGAGACGCCGCUGAGCAGCUGCAACAGGUGCAGCAGCGCAUAGAGGUGAUGGGGCUCCACCUUCCUGAAGCUCCGCCUCCAGAUAGCGAUGAGGAGGAGGACCCUGGGGGGGCGGUGGCUCAGAGGAGCCGCGCCUCCAUCCCCAUGGACGCAGACCACGUGGAGCUGGUGAAGAGGACGAUGGCGUCCGUGGCGCUGCCGUCUCUGGGCGUCCCUCCGUGGGCACGAGAAAUCUCAGACGACCAAUGGAAGGACGUGGUGCAGCACACGCUGCAAAGCCGGCAGAACGCCUCUGCCCUGCGGCUGCCACGCCGCAGCAACCUCCCCGGGCCCUGAACGCACCACCGCCUCUUCAUCAACGGGCCCUGAACGCACCACCGCCUCUUCAUCAACGGGCCCUGAACGCACCACCACCUCUUCAUCAAUGGGCCCUGAACGCACCACUACAGCCUAAUCUGCAUCAUGUGACCCUGAACGCACCACCACAACUUAAACUCCAUCUCGUAACAGGACAGACUUUGAAUGCACCGAUGUGCUGAGGAGCUUGAAUGCACCGUGACCAUUUCAGCAGUGCGACCAGACUCUGGGGGCCCUGAACGCAGCGUGGCCCCUUCAGGAGCAGUGACUGAAACACCUGGAAGGUCACCUGACUCUUAUAGGGCUGAAUUUGUGCAAACAUCCAAUCAAAGCAGCUGAAACAGUCAUGUGACCAGUGGAGCUUCAUGCUUUGUAAAUAGAAUUGUACAUCAAUAAUAACUGAAUUUCACCGUUUUACUGUUGAUUAAUUUUCCUGCUUUAAAUCAGAACUCAGCUGUUAUUGAUCAGAACAAAGACCUUAUCGAUAACUUUUCUGAUUUCCUCCUUUUGUUUAUAAAACAUUAUUUACUGCCUAAAAUGGAUCAAUAGAUGUGAUCAAUAAAAUCUACAAGUCGAUCAGUUAAA